AUGAUUUCAUUUUUUCUUUCUUUCUUUCUUUCUUUCUUUCUUUCUUCCUUCCUUCCUUUCUUUUUUUUCUUUUUCUUCCUUCCUUUCUUUCUUUCUUUUUUUUCUUUCUUUCUUCCUUCCUUUCUUUCUUUUUUUUCUUUCUUUCUUUCUUCCUUUCUUUCUUUCUUUUUUUUCUUUCUUUCUUUAUUACUUCAUGAUUUCACUUGUUUCUUUCUUUCUUUUUUUCAAACCUCGUCAACGAAUUUCAUUCUGUUUCCUUCCAUUCUUAUUCUUUCUUUCUAUUUUUCUCCCUCCUCCCUCUGCUCCCUUCUUUCUCUCCCACCUUCCUCUGCUCUCUUCUUUCUAUCUUUCCUCCCUUACUUCUCUCCCUCAUCCCUCUCUUCUCUCUGUUCCAUUCUUUCUUUCUUUCUUUCUUUCUUUCUUUCUUUCUUUCUUUCUUUCUUUCUUUCUUUCUUUCUUCCUCCCUCUUCACUCCAACCUCCUCUCACGUAUCUCCUCACGUUUUCCUCUCACCCCCCACUCUGCUUUCCCUUCCUUCCUUCCUUCCUUCCUUCCUUCCUUCCUUCCUUCCUUCCUUCCUUCCUUCCUUCUCUCCCUCAUCCCUCUCUUUUCUUCCUCAUCUCUCCCUCUGUCUCUUCUGUCUGCUCCCUUCUAUAUCUACUUGUUCUCUCUUUCCGUCACUCUCAAAUUUCUGUCAUUUUCCCUUUCUUGAUUGAUUUCUUCGUAUUUCUUUCCUUCUUUAUUACCUAUUUCUCUUUUCUCUCUCUCUCUCUCUCUCUCUCUGAACAUUUGAAUUACUUUCUACCCCUCCCUUAUUCAUUUCCUUUCAUCUUUUCCCCUACCUUCGCAUUCUCUCUCUCUCUCUUUUACCACCUCAAUCAUUUUCUCUAUUUCCAAUAUGAACGUUUCUUUCUCUCCAACAUUCUACCUUUUCGCGCCUACCAAACGCCUCCUCUCAGUCUGCCAAAUCCCAAUACCGCCUUUACUGUGUCUCCCCACAAAUCUUCUACUUACCCAGCCACAAAUACUUACUACAGCCAUUACAGCCUAUUUUAUACUCUGUUGGAUUUUUGA